AUGUUUAGACAAGUCAAAGUCGCCUCGUUGGCACGUGCCAGACCUCUUCCUGGCCGUGUAUCUAUUCAACAUGUGAUUCGUUUGCAAUCCACUCAAUCGGGUUCGAGCUCGUCCGGCUCCAAAUCUACUCCUCCACCUCCACCUCCUCCUCAGAUCUCUAGAGGAAAGAUUUUGGCUGCUUUGGGAGCAUUAGCCAUUGGUUCCACCAUUUUUGCGUCUGUGUAUAACCGUGAGGCACCAGUGGCGGCCGUGGAGCCUAAGAAGGGCCCUGCAUUCUCGGACAAGGACGUUUCGGUGAUUUUCGUGUUGGGAGGUCCAGGAUCUGGAAAGGGUACCCAGUGUGCUAAGUUGGUGGCCGACCAUGGGUUCGUGCACUUAUCUGCUGGUGACUUGUUGAGAGCCGAGCAGAACAGAGAGGGCUCUAAGUACGGAGAGUUGAUUUCCGACUGUAUUAAGGAAGGAACCAUUGUUCCCCAGGAAGUUACGGUGGCCUUGUUGGAGCAAGCCAUCAGAGAGAACCAUCAGAAGGGCCAGAACAAGUUUUUGGUUGAUGGGUUCCCUAGAAAGAUGGACCAGGCCAUUACCUUCGAGGACCAGAUUGUAAAGUCCAAGUUCACGUUGUUCUUUGAGUGUGCAGAGGGAGUAAUGCUUAAGAGAUUGUUGGAGAGAGGCAAGACCAGCGGAAGAACCGAUGAUAACAUCGAGAGUAUCAAGAAAAGAUUCCGUACUUUUGUCGAUACUUCUAUGCCCGUGGUGGACUACUUUGCAGAGCAGGGCAAGGUGAUUAAGCUUCAAUGCGACGAGCCUGUGGAUGUUGUUUACGGACACGUACAAGAGGCCAUGAAGCAAAAGGGAAUCUAA